AUGGUUCGGGCACUCGAGCAGGAACAAGAGUCCUACAGGUCUAGGCUCUUCCAUUUCAAGGGAAUGUAUGAGAACACAGGAAGACAAACUCACAGUUUGAUUGAGAAUAAUUUGAACGGGGGAUCGGAUGACAAGCCAUCAUCAAGAAGUCACGGGUCGAAACCUUUAAGCGAUCGACCUUUGGAGAAUCAAAAAAUCGGAUCGACGCUUAACCGAGACGAAAAUAAACCCAAGUCGCGCUUAAGCAGAGAAGGAUCAGCAGCGGCCAGCCCUCACGCCAAAGACAGAUUAGCCUCAGAUAUGGAACAGAUGAAGGAAAGAUUUGCUAAGUUGCUUUUGGGUGAGGAUAUGUCUGGUGGUGGCAAGGGUGUUUCAUCGGCUUUGGCGCUGUCAAAUGCCAUUACAAAUCUCGCUGCUUCUGUCUUCGGUGAACAAUCGCGGUUAGAACCCAUGUCGGUGGAAAGGAAGACGAGAUGGAGAAGGGAAAUUGAUUGGCUUUUGUCCGUCACCGAUCAUAUUGUCGAAUUCCUUCCCUCACAACAGAAAGGCAAGGAUGGAACAAAUAUGGAGGUUAUGGUGACACGGCAACGGACUGAUCUUCACAUGAACAUCCCUGCCCUGAGGAAGCUUGAUGCUAUGCUCAUUGACUGCCUAGACAACUUCAAAGAUCAAAAUGAAUUCUAUUAUGUGAAGAGAGAUUCCGACGAUUCAGAUAAAGGAAACAAGAGAAAGGAUGACAAAUGGUGGCUGCCUACUCCUAAAGUUCCCCCAAAUGGUCUGUCCGAUGUUUCAAGAAAGUGGUUGCAUUUUCAGAAGGAUUCUGUGAACCAAGUUCUUAAAGCAGCCAUGGCUAUAAAUGCUCAAGUCCUAUCAGAAAUGGAGAUCCCUGAAAACUACAUUGAAUCUCUCCCAAAGAAUGGGAGAGCAAGCCUUGGUGACUCGAUCUAUAGGAGUAUUACAGUUGAGUACUUUGAUCCGGAGCAGUUCCUCUCAACUUUGGACUUAUCAUCAGAACACAAGAUUCUUGAUAUCAAGAACAGGAUUGAAGCUUCCAUUGUGAUUUGGAAGAGGAAGAUGAACAACAAAGAUGGGAAGUCCACUUGGGGUUCAGCCGUAAGCAUGGAGAAGAGAGAACAAUUUGAAGAAAGAGCAGAGACCAUCUUACUGCUCCUAAAGCAGCGGUUUCCUGGAAUUCCCCAGUCUUCAUUGGACAUAAGCAAAAUCCAAUUCAAUGGGCAUUUAUAUAUAGAUGUAGGAGAAUCUGUUUGGGAAAGCUAUUCAAGAAUUCUUGAAAGCUUGGCAUUUACGGUCAUCUCCCGAAUUGAAGAUGUUCUUUAUGCGGAUUCUCUCACUCAAAAUCCAUCCCUACUGACAUGUCGCGCGUGCGGCGCCAAAGUAGCCUGCGCCUUCAUUUUGAGUGGCCGAGAUGCCUACAGGGAAUUUAUACCAGCACUUAUUAUCUCUUUCAAUACUCCCUGUAGAGUCUCCGUCACGGCCUCCCUCACCAGCCACCACCCUUUGCCUUCUUUCGCUAUACGCGCGCCCUGUCACGGGGGCCGGGCGCGCUCUGUUCCGCCCGGCCUUUACGUGCUAGACUUAAAUUUCCAUGCCUCUGUCGCCCGCACAAAAGUUAUCGGCUCCGUUAGGAACGACACGACGCUAUCCAUCUCGUCUAGAAGUAUCAUUGUAGUCGUCCUUGGGUGA